UACCCGGUCAGUGAUUAGUGUCGACUACCUACCCAAUUUGUGUUGCUAAAUGACCUCUUAGUGUUUUCUUUUCCAAUCGAUGUUCAUGUGAAAGAAAUUAUCCCCGAUAACAGGAGCUUGUGGGCAAUCUGCUAUCAUUCUUCUUAGGAAUCGGGAGCAGUGACAUUUUUGUUGCUUAGCUGUCAAAUUUCAGCUUGCUUUUGAAUAAAUUCGUGAACGUUUUGCCAUAUUUAGAAAUCAAUUCCAGUUGUUUAAAAAAAUUAAACUAAGAGUGGAUUCUGUUUAAUAACAUAUCUUCUGUUACUGCAGAUGUUAUGAUGUUCAUUGGUUGGAUUCCCAACAAGUUUCUCCUUUUGAUGCAUAUAUAUACAUAUACUGGUGGAUAUUGUUACAUUUGCUGAAAAUAGGGGAUCGUGAAGUUCUUUCAGUGAGGAGGUAGUUUUAUUAUCAGAUAUCGGAGGUGAAAGAACUUGAAAUGAAGGGGAAUUGCAACAAGUCCUUAAAGAUGUUGUUAAGUCGAGGAAUUGAGGAUUUACAUGAUGACCAUUUUGAAGGUUCUCUAGAUGAGGACACCAUUUUUAGAGAUGUGUUCUUUGGGCAUGAAGAAAGUGGUAGAAAUACUAAAAGAUGUCUUGUAACCGCAGCAAUACAUUUCGAAAAUGACGAUAACAAGCCCAAGGAUGCCUCAUUUCUGUCAAACAGUGAGCAUUCAGUUAUGACAAUUCAGGAAGACUUUCAGAACAAAGAGGGUAGGCUCUCCGAAGAGUUCAUUAGGAAUGACCCUGGUGUUGAAGUCAAGCGAAGGAAGGUAUCGUCGGUUCUAGAACAUUCUACAACUAAAUCUUAUUUAGAAAAGGUAGUUAAUUCUGUAACUCCACCAAAAGAAGUCAAUUCUUGUUUGUGCCAUCCGGCUUCUAUUGUAACAUGUCGUUUGGUUGAAUCAUCAAGCCAAGGUGUUAAGCCCAGUUGCUAUUUGCUUAAAGGAAAUCUUGGAGAUAGGGAUGCCAUUAAGUGUAGAUUAUGUUGCUCUGAAUCAACUUAUCUGAAUGGAAACGAUGCAAGAAAGGAUUACGCUUCACCCGUUUCACAGGAGAGUCAAUCUAGCCCGGAAACCAUUCAGUGUUUCAAGAAGCGAGGGAAAGAUUCUUCCUUUCUGGAACUUGAUGAAGAUGAGAACUUUUUCCCCCCUAAAGAUUCCACCAUGGAUCCUAAAUCACUUGAGGAAGACGAGAACUUAGUGGUGCUCAUCGACAAGAGUCUACAUUACCUGAAAGAAGGGAAACGAGUGAAAGCAGAAAGAAGUGUGGCGGAUGGUUCGUAUCUGAAACAUGAUACCCUUUCGCCUUUAGCAGAUGUAAUUGCGACUGGAAACCAGAUUCCAGAAAGACUCGGGGAAGAGAGUAGUAGCCUGGUUCCAAUUUUUGGGAUGGAUUCUGUUCUAAAAGAGAAUUCACACAAGAAAUCAGAAAGGAUAUAUGAUAUCAAGCUGACCAAAUCAAAUAUAACAAUGAAUAGCAUUGAAGCUAACUUAGAUAAUCAUGAAAGUUGCAGAAAAAAGAUGCUUUGCUCUUUUGAGGAGCAAAAUAAGAAAUCGAAGUCAAAAUUCAAGAAAUCAGACCGUCAUUCUAAAAGUCCUAAGAUAUCGGUUAAAUGUGAAAAGGAUCAUAAAAAGGAUAGAGAAGGGAAUAGCCACAUUGGGGAUGAUGAUGACCUUUUACUUUCAUCCAUAUCGAAAAAUCAUUCUGCUACCAAAUCAUCAGGUGUAAAACGGAAAUCCCGUGUUAGAAAUGUUCUAAAGAAGUACAAAAACAGAAAAAGUAGUUGCAGGUUGCUUCCCCGGAGCCUUGCCAAGGGUGGACAGCAUCAUGUGGAAGAGAAUCGGUCUUCCCUUGGUGUAAGAACAGUAUUAUCAUGGUUGAUAGAUUUUGGGGUUAUUCAUCUGAAAGAAGUGAUGCAAUACAGGAAUCCAAGGGAUAAUGUGGUGGUGAAGGAUGGUUUAGUUACCCGAGAUGGUAUUCUGUGUCGGUGCUGUGACAAAGUGCUUUCCGUCUCUAAGUUUAAGAGUCAUGCUGGUUUCAGCCUCAAAUGCCCAUGUUUGAAUCUAUUUAUGGAAUCCGGAAAAUCCUUCAGCUUGUGCCAAUUGGAAGGUUGGUCAACUGAGUAUACAGUCAGGGAAGGUGCCAUAAAAACUGCAAAAGUUGAAGAAGUUGACCAAAAUGAUGAUAGUUGUGGCCUGUGUGGCGAUGGGGGUGAGUUGAUAUGCUGUGAUAACUGCCCAUCGACCUUUCAUCAAGCAUGCUUAUGUAUGCAGGAGCUUCCAGAGGGCGACUGGUAUUGUUCUAGAUGCUCUUGCUGGAGUUGUGGGAAUGUGGUCUGUAAUAUCGAAAACCCAAUCUCGGGUGUUCUGAAAUGUUUGCAGUGCAAACAUAAAUACCACAAGGAAUGUAUCAAGGAGACGAGAAUUGAAAGUGGAUCGGUACCUUCCACCUGGUUCUGUGACGAAAGCUGUAGGGAGAUUCACUUGGGGCUUGAUUCCCGAGUUGGGCUUAUGAAUCCAAUCUCCGAUGGUUUCUCAUGGAUGGUCUUGAGGUGCACUCAUGGAGACCAAACGGUCCUUUCUGAUCAGCAUUUCGUUGCUUUGAAAGUAGAAUGCAAUCUGAAACUAGCGGUUGCCCUUGCGAUCAUGGAGGAGAGCUUUCUUCCCAUGAUGGACCCGAGAACGGGCAUUGAUAUGAUACCCCAUGUGCUAUACAAUCAACGAUCGGAAUUUGCACGCCUUGACUAUGAGGGAUUCUAUACGGUGGUCUUGGAGAAAGAUGACAUGUUACUCUCUGUAGCAUCCAUAAGGAUUCAUGGGAUGGGCGUUGCAGAGAUGCCCCUCAUUGCAACAUCCAGCAAAUAUCGGCGCCAUGGAAUGUGUAGGCGUCUUAUGAACUCUAUUGAAGAGCUGCUGAAGUCGUUGAAGGUGUCGAAGCUGGUCCUUUCAGCCAUUCCAAGUUUGGUUAAGACAUGGAUGGAGGGUUUUGGGUUCACGCAUUUGGAAGCCGAAGAGAAGAAGAGGUUGAGGAAAACCAACUUGAUGGUGUUCCCAGGAACAGUCUGGCUUAAGAAGGCCAUAUACAAGCCAAUGGAAGCCAUUAAUCUUGAACAAGAUGUGAUCAACUGCAAGGAGUUGUUGCAAAAAGAUAAUGAUGAUGACAAUGGUGGGUUGUCACACUCAAGAUUUGAAGGAAGGAGGUCUUUUGAAAUGGUUUGUGGUGUAAAAUGAUGAUAUCUUAGAAAAAGGGGGAAAAAACCAGCAGUGAAGUUGUAUAUAUUUAAUAAUUAAGAAAUGGAAAAGUUUUGCAGUUUGAACAAGAAUCAAUGGUAGGCAAUAGCAUGCAGGAUUUUGCUAGUCAUACUCAUGGUUACAUGUACAUCAAUUGUAUAUAUAUUAAA